AUCACUUACUAUUUUUCGUACUAUAAAAAGUGACAGUGGUUCAUAUCAAUGCAAUGCGAGUAAUGCAGUUGGAUGGGAUAUCAUGGAAUACAGUGUACGAGUACGUGUUCCUCCAACAUUUGACACAUCCAAUGUACAACCAGAAGUACAUUGGUUUGUCAAUCAGACAAGAUCAUUAGAUUGUACAUUGAUGGAUGGUGCUGAUCCUCCACCAAAAAUUAAAUGGGAACGAAAUAAUAUUCCAAUUGCUAAUGGACCAGAUAUACAAAUCUCUUCAGAUGGUAGUCGAAUCACUGUACCUUUAGUGAAAACAACUGAUGCUGGUGAAUAUAUAUGUCAUGCACAAAAUGAAGUUGGUAAAUCUACACAAAUAUUUAAUGUGCUGAUUUAUGUUCGUCCGAAAUUUAUUGAUCCAACAAGAAAAAUUCACAUACAAGCAGUUCAAAAUGAAACAAUACAAUUAGCAUGUGAAGCAACUGGUGAACCAAGACCACGAUUUGCAUGGUUUAAAAAAGAUCGUGAAAUAAUUCAACCACAAUUUCUGGAUUCACGUUAUACACAUUCACAAUUGUCAAGUUUAGCUAUACUAAGCGGUGACCAGUUAUUACAAAUAUCUAAUAUACAACCAAUUGAUCAAGGUGAAUACACGUGUACUGUGAAUAAUGGUGGCGGUACCAUAGAGAAGAAAUUCAAUGUCACAGUAAUUGUUCCACCUGUUAUCAUGAAACGUUAUGGAUCACCAGAAGAACAUCGUACAUCAGAAUUUAUUCCAAUUACAUUCUAUUGUUUGUUAUAUGAUAUCAAUCAAACUAAAGCAGAAAUUACAUGGACUAAAGACAAUUCACCAAUAUUAAUGUCACCUGAUGGUGAUUAUUUUGUAAUACAAGAUCAAGGUCAAAGUUUAACAGUGAUACGUCCAACAACUGAUGAAAUUGGAUUAUAUCGUUGUUUAGCAAAGAAUAGAGCUGGUGAAGAUAGUCAUAGUUUUCAAUUAACUGUUAUUGCUGCCCCCAGAUUUCCAUCAGAUUUUGUACGUUAUCGUCAAAAACUUGUUGUACGUUUGGGUGCUGAAAUUGAAUUUGAUUGUCCAGCUCAGGGAUCACCUUCACCAACAAUUACAUGGUAUUAUAAAGGUGCACCAUUAUCUCAAUAUAAUGCACCUGCGAAAUAUACAUUUGAUGAUGAUGGAAAGAAAUUGAAAAUCUUAUCAUCCACUGGUAAAGAUUUAGGUGAAUAUCAAUGUUUAGCACGUAAUGAAGCUGGGAAUAUAUCAAAAAUUUAUGAAUUAGAAGUGAUUAUGCCUCCAUUAGUUCGACUUGAUAAAACAGAAGUACGUGAAAGAGAAGGUGCUACAUUCACUGUACAUUGUUCUGCUGAAGGUCAUCCGAUGCCAUCAUUAGAAUGGUUUAGAGAAACUGGUGGAUUAUUUCGUCUUGGAACAAGUGUUGAUAUUAGCACUGGACUCUUAACAAUAACAGAUGCUAAAAAAGAAGAUAGUGGCCGUUAUAUAUGUAAAGCGAUCAAUAAAAUCAGUGAAGAUUCUAAAUCAGUUAUGAUAGAAAUCAUUGAACGACCUACAAUACAUACAACAAUGAAACCAAUUUUAGCUAGAGAAAAUGAACAAGUAUUAUUACCAUGUAGAACAAGUGGUACACCACCAAUACGUAUACAAUGGCUAUUACCAUCGGGUCAAUUAAUUACAGCUGAUCAACCUGGUGUAUUUCGAUUUCUUCCAGAACAAGUAGGUUAUAUAUUAUUUCAUAAUGAAUGA